CGUCGGUCCGUAACAAAAAAAAAAAAAAAACAAAAAAAAAUGCAAUGGGUAAAAAAUGGGUCACUUCGGUCUUCAGCCUUAUCUUUUUAUCACACUCCAACACGCCACCACUCUCUCUCCCUUCCGUCUGUCUCUCUCUCUUAGCCACAUGCAGGUCGGCCGGCCAGGCCGCAAAUGAGUCGAGCGGCUCGCGAGCGGCUCGUUAAUAAACGGGCCGAAUAUGAGCUAAACUUUUUUCAACUCGUGAAACUAGCUCGACUCGGUGGCUCGACUCGGUCUUCAGCCUUAUCUUUUUAUCACACUCCAACACGCCACCACUCUCUCUCCCUUCCGUCUGUCUCUCUCUCUUAGCCACAUGCAGGUCGGCCGGCCAGGCCGCAAAUGAGUCGAGCGGCUCGCGAGCGGCUCGUUAAUAAACGGGCCGAAUAUGAGCUAAACUUUUUUCAACUCGUGAAACUAGCUCGACUCGGUGGCUUGUUGAGCUGAACUCGUGAGCUGGCUCGUUUGGAGCUCAUGAUAUGUCUCAACCAUGUGGCUAGAGAGUCAACUCGAUUAUCAUAUCUUAUGAUUUUAAUUCAUAUGGUUGUUAAAAUAUAUAUCUCGCCAUAUAUGAAGUUUUAAGUGAGCAAAUGUAUCUUAUUUUCUAUUUUAAAAAAGAAAUUAUGUAUCAUAGAUUGCUUCGAUACUAUGGAAUAAUAUGAUUUGGAAUAGUUAAAAAUUUAUUAACUAAAUGAUAUAUGAUAGCAACUAAGUAUAAUAUGAGAUUAGCUAACAAAAUAAAUUAUAUGUAUCAUGAUAUACAAAAUGAAGUACCAAAUAAAAUUUAAGACUUUAGUAAAAAACUAGUUCGAGCUCGACUCGACUCGACUCGGCUCGUUAAUAAACAAACUGAGUUCGAACUCAACUCAUUUAUUAACGAGUUGAGCUCAAACUGAAGUAAAACUCGACUCGAUUCAUUUGAACCCGCCUUUCCGCAACCAAGCCGGAGCCAUAGUUGAAGCAUAGUUGAACAAGCCUCUCUCCCCUCUCCUCCUCGACCUCCGCAAAGUAGAGACAACAAUGAACAACCCAAAUCCCACUCCCAAAUCUCCAAGCAAAUUCCCGUCCCAUCCCUCUCUCUCUCUCUCUUACUCGUUCACUGGUCCCUCUCCCUCUUUCUGUUACUUCUUUUCAUGGGUUUCCUCUCUCUGUUCAUGCCUCCUCACUCUCUUGCCAACUGUUCUUCAUUCAUCCCUGUUCCCUUCUUCUCCUCCUCCUUCUUCCUCCAUUACAUCCGAAUAAUAGCAUCCACUGUUAAGAAGCCAAGCAAGCAGUAGUGAUUCACCAUUGCUCUUCCCUCCCAGCCUGUCGUUUUGUUUGCAGCAACUGCGUUCGUCGUUUUGUUUCCUCCCCCCGUCUCGUCGCUUUCACACACCCUCCCCAAAAACCAUACCAUAGCUUUCUUGGAUACUUGCCCUUUUUCAAGCUACAGCCUUACCUGGCAUUUCUCCUUUCCCUGGUUUCUCAACUUUAAUCACGCUUCUGGAAAUUCGGCAAAUAUUCGCCGUCCCCCCACCCGCCCCAGCCAGCCAGAUGCUUCUUUCUUUCUUUCUUUCCCCGGUGAUUCUUUUCUCUCUGUACGUGCGAUUAUGCAGCAACCAUUCAACUUGACUUGAUGCUCUUCAAAGGGUAGAAACAGAGCAAGGAAAAAAGAGAAACAGGGUACUCUGUUUUUUUUUUUUUUUUUGUGUGGGGAUGGGAGGACAAGGGAUGGAUCCGACCACCGUCCCCGUCGCCACCACCACCAACUGCCUCGCCGUCUCAGACAAGCGGCCUCAUCGCCCCGGCGGAUGCGUCGGCAUUUUCUUCCAGCUCUUCGAUUGGAACCGUCGGUUCGCCAAGAAGAAGCUCUUCUCCACCAAACUUCUUCCUCCAGCUCGAACAAAGCAAGCUUCGAAGAAGUUUGCAGGGGAUGAAAAGAUGCCCAAAACCAAGCCUCAUCUGAUUGCAGAUGAGAACAGCGGCGGGUUCCCAGCAAAUGCAAAGAAAAUUAGUAACGAUCGAAGUCUCACGGAGUUUCAGAAGCAGGAAAUGCGGUCUCCAAGUUUGGUUGCUAGGCUCAUGGGUCUCGACUCAAUGCCUGCUCUGCAGCGAGAUAAGCACAAGAAGGCUUCAAAUUCUGUUGCUUACUCCAAUGUCACGCAAGACCAUAGGUUUAAUGAUGGGUCUGAUCGUGUAGCUGAUUUAAACUCGGAUAAGUUAAGCACCAAGCUUGAAUCUAGGCCUCAAAAGCUUCAAAAGACUGGACAGUGCGACAGAAGGGCAGUAGCAGCAACCACUAGGUUUGGAGCUGAAGCAUUGGACAUAAGGAGUGUUCUGUCAAGGUCUAGGAAGCAUAAAUAUAAUAACCCUCCCGCCAAACUUGCUACCCCAGUAGUUAAAAGCCCCAAGCUUUCGACCGCAAGCCAUGGGUCGAGGACUUCUAGGUUGAUCGAUGCCGCUACAAGAAUCUUGGAGCCUGGAAUACAAGCUACCAAUAGAGCCAAAUCCACCAUUGCUUACUCGAAUUCGAGACGUUAUGAUCCCGAUGACGAGGCUUUAGGAAGGGUUUUGGGACAGUCUGUGAAGGAAGUAGAGAAGAGUAAUGUGACUUCUUGCAGGAAUUGUGGCAAUGCGGUUGAUGUGGUUGUGGAAUCCAGGUCUCAUUCGGUGGAGGAAGAGCCGUUUCAGUAUCGUGCAGCGUCGCUCGCUUCUCAUUUCGCUACCGAACAGGGGAGAGAUGUAGCCUGCAAGAGGAAACAAGGGCAGCAGCAAAGUAGUGAUGCGGAAAAGCAGGACAAAGGGAGAGCUUGUAGUAGUGAAGUGGUUGUGGAUAGGAAAGCCAUGUUCCAUGAGUUUAGAGCUGUAGGGCAGUCAAAUGGAUUUCAACAUGGCAGCAGCAACCAUCAAAGGGAUGAUGAGACAUCUGCUGCUGUGGGUUUCAAGCAGAGAAGCCAAGGCCAGAACAGAAUGCCAGUAGUAGGGACUGAUAGAUUUACUCAGGGUUCCAAGUUGAGUUCCUUUAGUGGUACUAAAGAUUUUGUUGCUAUGAACAAAAGUUUGAGUGGUCGAUCCAGGGCUCGGGUAUUGAACAGGAUGGAUAAUCCCACCUUCAACAUGGAGAGGAAAUUCUGUAACAGAAGAGAUGAUGUCUUGCCACAGUUAAGGAGCCCAGGGUUUAAGAGGAAGACAGUGAAUGUCAAAGCUCAACUUCAAAAUACUGGACAUGGUAAUUCAUCAAUGCCGCCUGUAAGACAAAGGAGCAUCAAUUUUGAUGCUGUCAAUGGGAAGGAAAUAGGCUCAAACCCUUUCCGUGCGAGAACCAGAUUUGAUAGUCAUGGUGAAGGCAACAAUGAUCUUGCUUCUUUUACAUUUAGUUCCCCUUCUAGGGUAAAAACUGGUUAUGGUAGCAGGAACCAAAUGGGGACAAGCACUCCAAAGCAAAGGGACAUGGUCAUAGAUGAAAAUGAAGCAAAACGAUGUGUGCAAAAGCAAGUGUCACCGAGAAGAGAUCCAUUAGGCUCCCUUCUGGAACAAAAGUUGAAAGAAUUGAUCUCACAAGACGAGGAUGAGUUGAAAGGUGGCAGUGCACUUCCCAUAAGAUCCACUGCUAUGAUUCUCCAGGAGCUGAUAUCUGCUUUGACAAUAGAAACUUCGAUUCCCACUUCUCCACCAAGUUGUUUUCCCAUUGCCAAUACACCUUUCCAGAACGGAAAGAAUCACCUGAGUCCUGGAUCUGUGCUUGAUGCCAGCUUCUCCAAUGAAAGCUGCUUCUCCAGCAGUCUAGAUGACAACUCAGCUUCAUCAAUACUGAAUUGGGAUUCUACAUCAACCUCCACAACCGAAGGCAGGUCAUUUUCAAAGCUGGUGACAGAUCUCCAUGACCACAUCUCUAGAAUAUUGCAGUGCAUAACUCUAGCUGGUGGUGGGUGUCAGUUAACCAGCAGGGACCUUGGGUAUGCAAAGGAAACUAUCUUGACUGCUGAGCUUUUUUUCGGAGUUGCAACUCAUCAUGGUCACGACAGAACGAGAAGUUCGGUGUUGGGAUCUUUCCUUCUCGACGAGCUGAAUGCUGUUGCAGUUUCCAUGGGGAGCACUGAGGGCAGCAAAGAGGCCAGCAAUCAACUCAGGAGGCUACUGUUCGACUGUGUGAUAGAAUGGUUGGGCUCGAGAUACAGCAGGUAUUGUGAUGCAGGGUUCAGAACAUGGAGGCAGCAGCAGCUGCUGGUGCCAUGGUGCAAGGAUACAGUGAUGGAAGAGGUUGGAGAGGAGGUUAAGAGGUGGACGAACAUGGCCGGAUUGAUACCAGACGAGAUGGUGGAGUUGGAGAUGGGACAAUCAUUAGCGAAAUGGACCGAGUUUGAGGUUGAAUCUUACGAGAUCGGUGGCCAGCUUGGCUGCGAGAUCGUCCAGGUUUUGCUGGAAGAAACUGUGAGAGACUUAUGGCAACUCUAGCAGAAUGGAGGCACUUAGUCAACCCAUUUCAUGGUGACAUUUCGUGUACAAAAGUGACGAUUUGGGAGGUUGGUUAGCUUAGAUGGCUCUAGCUGUACUGUAUCAUCUUCUUCUGUUCUAGUUCGGAUUUUAUAAAUGUUUAGGGGAAGCCGAGUCUUCCUUCCUCCAAAUUUUUUGGACAUGGGAGUUGGGUGGCAGAGAAAUCUCCAUUUGUUGGUUUCUGUGGAAGCUUAUUGGUGAGGUUAGCAGCCAAACGUCACUGUAUACAUUCCCAUAAGAACUAGUCAACUAUAACUAAUUACGACAACCCUUUAUAAUAAUCGAUUAGAGAAUUCCCGUUGUAGAGUAAACGUGAAUUUCGUUU